AAUUUUUCCCCUUGUCAUUUUUAGCAUUUUUACUUAUUUUAUUUCUAUGCUUCUUUAAGCUCUCUCUUCUUAGCUUUUAUAGCUCUCAGCUUUCUGCCAUAUGGUACCAAUAGACUUCAGAAAAAGAACCCCUCCCCAAACAAAAACACACACCCAAUGUAAAUAUUGUAAAAGAAAAGAAUCUCUAUCUCUCUUUUCUUUUCUAGAUUAUUACUAAGUUUUGUAGGUAUGUUUGUCCCAAAACUUGUAAUAAUACACUGCGAACGACAUUUCUUCUUCAUCGUUUCUUGCUAUUGAUUUCUGUGAAGAAAUAUAUAACACAUUGUUCUCGUACUUGCAUUUAUAUCAGGAGCUAGCUUUUAAUUGUUUCUCAAGAUUCAAUGGUUUCAGAAGAUUCAUCUUUCCCACAUUUUGAUGCUUAUUCAAGCUCCUCACUGCCUCUCAGCAUCCAGUCUCUCUCGGAAAGAAUGUCGCGCUCCAUCGACAUCGGCCCCGAUCGCCAUCUCAUCGAUCUGCUGGGCAAGUCCAACGAAGCAUCUCAGAGGCUCUCUCUCUCACUAGGCGGGGGAGAGAGAGGCCUGAACAUGAACCCUGCAGCAGCCUACCUCAUUGCCAUGAAGGAAGGCUGUGAUCAGAUGGGGUUUGACGACUACGACUACGCUGCCAUGAACCAGCCAUAUGGGAAUCAGUCUUUCGCUGCUUCCAUGAUGGGGAGCUCCAAAUACCUGCAGGCGGCUCAGUCCCUUCUUCAGGAGAUGCUGAGCGUCGGCGGCGAGGGCGUGGAUACGAGCAGCCGUCGAUACAUGGAUAGGUUGAGCAGGCGACGCCUCUCGGCGAAGCUCAAGGCGGAGCUCUCCAGCUGUGAGUUGCUGUGCGAGAAGCAUGGAGAGUAUGUGAAGCUGGUUAAGCUGAUUGGGUUGCUUGAGGAGGUGGAGAGGAGAUACGAUGAGUACUGGGAGCACAUGGAGGAGCUGGUGCAUUCAUUCGAGGCGAUUGCCGGCAGUGGAGCGGGGAAAUCCUACACGGCGCUGGCCCUCUUAGCCAUGUCGAAGCAUUUCUGCCGCUUGAGGAACGCCAUUGUAGCUCAAAUCCAUGUGACCAAGCACAAGCUCCUCAAGGACAUGUCGAGGUUGUCUCAGCUGAGCCUCAUGGAUCACAAUCGAGCCAUUCAUGCUUGGAGGCCACUCAGAGGCCUGCCGGAGAACUCUGUCACUAUUCUCCGCGCUUGGCUCUUCGAACACUUCCUGCAUCCCUAUCCUAAUGACUCCGAGAAGCUCAUCUUGGCAUCCCAGACAGGCUUGUCCAAGAAUCAGGUUUCGAAUUGGUUCAUCAAUGCUCGAGUCCGGCUGUGGAAGCCCAUGAUUGAAGAGAUGUACAAAGAGGAGUUUGAAGAGUCUUCCACAGAAUCUGAUCAAUUGUUGCCACCUGACUUAGCUGAUUGAUCAUAUUGCCAAUUUGUAUCUUAAGCUUGUUUCUUGCAUGCCAAUAUGAGAAUUAAUUUCAUGUCAA